GUUUGCCUGUGAGAAAUGGUCGAGUGAUGAUGCAAGAUCUGACAGAUAGGGAUUUGAAAGGGUUUUGGAGUACUUUUCUGGCCCCAAGUUUAUCAAGCAGGAUUGCUAAGGGUCUCAAAGAAACUGGAUUUAAAUGUUUAAACAAAGACAGCCCAGAGGAGUACACGAAGGUUCGAGUGUUGGUCCGGCCAGAGAACGUAAAAAAAAUUAUUGUUCUUGCUUUUGAUAAAAAUUUGAACUCGCUGGCUCCAGAAUCAGAUUCAGAUGAUAGAAAGAAUGCCAUAAAACAAAUACUAUCGGCAAAGACUUUGAACGAUGUGCUUCCAUUUGACAUAGGAGGUUUUAAGAUGUCCUAUAGGAAGAUGUUGUUGAAGGUUCACCCUACCAAGAACUCCCAUCCUAAAGCCACAGAUGCACUCAAGAAACUGAAUGAUGCUUUUGAAAGGCUCUCCACUGGCAGCCGAGGUUCUGAGCCAGCGUUAAAGAUCACUUCAACCCCCUCAAGGCUGACUCGAAAACCUCCAAAGGUUAUAUCGGUCACCGAUAAUUUUACGAAGGUGUGCACUGUUACCAUGGUGACAGAGAAGGAUCUGGAUAUCAGGGCGUAUCUCAAUUCAUUUGACAAGCAAGAGGAUGAAUUGUCUGAGAGGAUUAGAAAUGUACUCAACAACUGCUGGGAGAAUAUGGAUGCAGAGGGUGGGAUAGCAGAUCCAGAUAGCAGAACAGGUUUGAAAUUCGAGAUGGUCGAACAGGUACAGGACAGAAUCUACUUUGCGAAGGAGGUCAUCUUUCAGGGAAAACCUGAAAUACUAGAGGUAUGUUUCUACAACAAGAUGAGGAUGAAAGUGUAUGGGGAUGACUGGAAGGAAAGUCAAGAGAUUGAAAUCAAUUUCGGGGAGUCCUCUUCAUCCUUUACAGGUGAGAGGAUUAUCAUGAUUGUUGUCACUUUUAUUACUAAAAUUAUUAUGAUUAUUAUAGACUUGAUAAGAAUUCAGUAUUAAAAAGCCAAGAUUGAG